UGUCAUUUAAAACGGCAUCACAACAACAAGCUCCUGCAAACCCCAGCGAGAAAAAAAGCAAAAGAAUCUCAAACAUCUAUUGAACGUAGUUUUGCUGCUACGUGGUCUCAGUCAAGUGCAAAAGCUACAGAAAUAACCAGGUGUAUCGGAGUUUUUAUCGCGAAAGACCUGAGACCAUUUUCUGUGGUCGAAAAUGUUGGAUUUUGCGAGUUGGUAAGAGUUCUGGAACCCAGGUAUCAUAUUCCGUCACGCCCGCACUUCAGUCAAACGGUAAUUCCAGCCAUGUACUGUGAAACAAAGCAAAAUGUAAUUGAUCAUUUGAAAAAGGCAGAUAGUGUGGCAAUAACAACUGACGGAUGGACUUCGAGGGCAGUUCAGAGCUACAUUACAGUUACGGCUCAUGUUAUAACCACUGAAUGGGAACUGAAAAGUUUUGUGCUUCAGACUCGGCCGCUUUUUGAAUCACACACGGGCACAAACAUAGCCGAAGUUUUAAAAGCGGCUAUACAAGAGUGGGGGCUUGAAAGGGCGCGCAAUAUGGAUGUGGCAGUGAGAGAAGCCGGGUUGUCACCGCAUAUCAGGUGUUUUGCGCACACACUGAAUCUUGCUUCGCAAGCAGGAUUAAAUGUUUCCCGCGUCAGUCGCUUGCUUGGUCGCGUAAGAAAAGUCGUAGCUUUUUUUCACCGCAGUGCCACAGCAACAGCUGUGCUUGCAACAAAGCAAAAGAUGCUCCAGAUCGCGACACACAAGCUCGUCAUCGAUGUGGUUACCCGGUGGAACAGCUCAAUGGAUAUGCUGGAACGCUAUCUUGAGCAACAAGCGGCUAUAACGGCAGCUCUCUUGAGCACAGAAGUGCGCAAAAAUGCCCGUCAACUUGAUACUCUCGACAGCGCCGACAUAAGUGAUGCCGAAGAAAUAGUAAAACUUCUUAAACCGUUAAAACAAGCCACCACUGUCCUGUCCGAUGAAAAGAACGCCACCCUGUCACUCAUUGUGCCUUUUAAAUCAAUGAUCGAGCAGAGCAUGACACUGGACGAGAAAGACUCCACAACUAUAGCUAACAUGAAAAGAGCUAUCCUGCAAAACUUGACAAACAGAUACACAGAUGUACAGGAUUAUCUGACGGAGAGUACUGCACUAGACCCCAGAUUUCGGUCGCUGCCCCACCUACUCCCUGAACAACGUGAAGAGGUUUUCCACCGGCUGAAAGACAAAGCAAACCAAUUACAGCAGGCUGUCACUGUGGAGCAAUCUGAAGAGAGAGAGGGAGAUGCUAGUGAUGGAAAUCCUACUGAUGCAGAAGAUCAAAGAAGCACCACUGAGCAAGAUCAACCACCUAACAAAAAGACAGCACUGGAAGAUCUGCUUGGUGCAACUUUUGCUAAACCAGCAAUUGGACAAUCAAAAAGUAGCAUAGAAGUAGAGGUUGAGAUGUACAAAAAGGACACUUCUAUUCCCCUCACUAGUUGUCCACUGAAAUGGUGGAAAGAAAAUGCUCACAUGUACCAACAUCUUUUCCCUCUGGCCAAAGCUUACCUAACAGUUCCAGCCACUUCUGUUCCAAGCGAACGUGUUUUUUCUACAGCAGGGGAUAUUGUUAAUGCUCAAAGAUCCCAACUUCUCCCUGAAAAUGUAGAUAUGCUGGUGUUUCUGCAAAAAAACCUGCAAAUAACCUAAACAAACCCUGAAACUGUCUAUGUUAAACCUACAGUACUUUAACAGAACACCAUUUUUAUUUGAAUUUUUUCUGCACUUUUAUUAGUAUAAGACAUACUGUCUUAGGUUUAUCUUAUUUCUGUGCCUGAAGGGAAUUAAAAAUUUUUAAUCUCAGUCCCUUAAUUCUAAUUUGUUAAAUUUCACUUUUUUCAGUGACAGACCUGCAGAAGGUUCAGUUAAG